AUGCUGCAUGGCCGCCGCGGCGUCUUCACCGGAGCCGUCGGAUGCGAUGGCCUUGGUUCCUCCAGCGAUUCUCCCUCCUGCAACGCUGAAGGGACAAGUGCAUUGAUUCCCUUCGGGGCGCUGAAAAAUCAGAAAGCCCAGGGCCGGUUCCCACACUGGUCGCGGGGCUCUUCUCACACUUCUCACAACAAAUAUUCCUCCAGCCUUUGUGUGGUGAUUGAGGAUGGAGCCCUCGCCAUCCCCAAGGGCCAGAAGGACAACCGGCCCCCGGACAGGUUCCAGCUCACCUUCCCGCUGCGCACCAACUACAUGUACGCCAAGGUGAAGAAGAGCCUGCCCGAGAUGUACGCCUUCAGCGUCUGCAUGUGGAUAAAGUCCAGCGCCUCCCCCGGCAUGGGCACCCCCUUCUCCUACGCUGUGCCCGGGCAGGCUAACGAGCUGGUGCUCAUCGAGUGGGGCAACAACCCCAUGGAGAUCCUCAUCAACGACAAGGUGGCCAAACUGCCCUUUGUCAUCAACGAUGGCAAGUGGCACCACAUCUGCGUCACCUGGACCACACGGGACGGCGUGUGGGAAGCCUACCAGGACGGCACGCAGACCGGCAGCGGUGAGAACCUGGCGCCCUACCACCCCAUCAAGCCCCAGGGGGUUCUGGUCCUGGGCCAGGAGCAGGACACGCUGGGCGGCGGGUUCGACGCCACGCAAGCCUUCUUGGGGGAGCUGGCCCACCUCAACGUGUGGGACAGGAAGCUGAGCCCCGGGGAGGUGUACAGCCUGGCCACCUGCAGCACCAGGGCGCUCGCGGGCAACGUCAUCGCGUGGGCCGAGGCCAACAUCGACAUCUACGGCGGGGCCACCAAGUGGACUUUCGAGGCCUGUCGCCAGCUCAACUAG